UAAUAAUUCUCAUUAUUGAAAGAAAAAAGGAAAAAGGAGGACUCAGGCCGCGCUCGAUCUCUUGGGCUUCUGUUCCUUCCUCAUUCGAUCUUCCUCCAGAAAUUAGGGUUUUUCAUUGCCCCCACCACUCCUCUUUCGCUCCAAAUUCUUCUGGAGCUUUUCGUUUGAUCUGGAGCUGUCUUCUAUCUCUGUAUUCCUUGUAUUGAUUCAGAUUUUAGGGUUUACAGAUCUGUUCAGCUUCGUCCACCUCCCCCUUGCUCGCGUCUCCGUCGCUCCCUGCCGAUACACACCACCGCUGUGCCUCUGUGUGCUCGCGCCUAGGCAAUAUGUUUUGGAAGCUCACAGCUCUUUCUGCGUCUUCUCCUGUCGAGAGUGUGCUAGACAAAGAAAAUUUUACACUGGAAGAGCUUUUGGAUGAAGAGGAGAUAAUUCAAGAGUGCAAAGCAUUAAACAGUCGCCUCAUAAAUUUUUUGAGAGAUAGAGCUCAGGUUGAGCAGCUGCUGAAAUAUAUUAUUGAGGAGCCCCUAGAGGAUGCAGAUAGCAAACGGACCUUCAAGUAUCCUUUUGUUGCCUGUGAAAUUUUUACCUGUGAAAUUGAUGUCAUCUUGAAGACUUUGGUGGAGGAUGAGGAGCUUAUGGAUUUACUCUUCUCUUUUUUGGAAGCAAACCAUGCUCAUAGUGCACUGUUGGCUGGUUAUUUUAGUAAGGUUGUGGUGUGCCUAAUGUUACGGAAGACUAUUCCACUGAUGAAUUAUGUCAAGGCCCACCAAGAUGUUCUUAAGCAGCUAGUUGAUUUGAUUGGUAUUACAUCCAUCAUGGAGGUCUUGGUGCGACUUGUAGGUGCUGAUGAUCAUCUAUAUCCAAAUUCCUCUGAUGUUAUGCAGUGGUUGGCUGAUAGCAACUUGUUAGAAAUGAUUGUGGAUAAACUGAAUACCUCUAGUCCUCCCGAAGUACAUGCUAAUGCUGCUGAAACAUUAUGUUCCAUAACGAGGAAUGCACCAUCCCUUCUGGCCACUCAACUAUCCAGUCCAAGUUUUGUGGCAAGGAUAUUUGGUCAUGCACUUGAAGACUCAAAUUCAAAAUCUGCGCUUGUCCAUUCGCUGUCUGUUUGUAUUUCAUUGUUGGAUCCUAAAAGAUCAAUUCCUUCGCCAGUAAUGUACUCCUUCAGAAGUCAAAAUGUGUAUGAAUCACCUAUAAAUGCUAAUCCUGAUACUGUUGGUGCAAUGCUCCCGAAACUAGGUGAGUUGCUGAUGCUUUUGAAUGUUUCAUCUGAUGAGAAGAUUUUACCCACAACAUAUGGCGAAUUGAGGCCCCCCCUUGGAAAACACCGUUUGAAGAUUGUUGAAUUCCUGGCGGUGUUGCUGAAAACUAGCAAUGAGGCAGCUGAGAAGGAAUUGGUCAGCUCUGGGACAAUUCAGAGAGUUCUUGAUCUCUUCUUUGAGUACCCAUAUAAUAAUGCUUUACAUCAUCAUGUGGAGAGCAUCAUAUAUUCAUGCUUGGAAAGCAAAAACAAUACCAUUGUUAGUCAUCUUCUUAAAGAUUGUAGCUUGGUUGGAAAAAUUCUUGAAACAGAAAAAAGUCCUACGCAUGCUGACCUACUUAAUCAGCCAACUAUACCAGAUUCUAGAAGACAGGCACCUCGAGCAGGAUACUUUGGACACUUGACAAGGAUAGCAAAUAAACUAAUUCAGUUGGGGAACAGUGAUAGUCGCAUUCAAAGACAUCUUCAGGAAAAUAAUGAAUGGAGUGCGUGGCAGACUACUGUGUUACAGGAGCGUAAUAUGGUUGAGAAUGUUUAUCGAUGGGCUUGCGGGAGGCCUUCUGCAUUGCAAGACAGGACAAGGGAUAGUGAUGAGGAAGAUGUUCAUGACAGAGAUUAUGAUGUUGCAGCUCUGGCAAAUAAUUUAAGCCAAGCAUUUAGAUACACCAUAUAUGAAAAUGACGAUGCCGAGGGUCAUGGAUCUCUUGAUCGUGAUGAUGAGGAUGUCUACUUUGAUGAUGAAUCUGCUGAAGUUGUAAUUUCAUCCCUAAGGUUGGGUGAUGACCAAGGGAGCAGUUUGUUCACAAAUUCCAACUGGUUUGCAUUCCAAGAUGAUAGAAAUGCUGGUGAUGCACCUGUGAACACCUCAUCUUCUGACAUGAUGGAUGAUAUUAACUUGAAUGGAAUAUCUAACAGUGGUAACAGCAGUAGUGAUGAUGAGGUUGUGGUAGGAGAGGAUGAGGAAAUGACCGAGAGUAGAACUUCUGCUAAUGGUUCAUCCAGUUUUGAUGCAAAUGUCCUGAAUGGACUCAAUCUGAACAACGCUAGGAAUGAUGAAGACUCAAAUUCCCAGAAUGAGAAGACCGCUGCCUCUAAUGACUUAGGUUUCUUCCGUUUUGAGACACCAGACAAUGAUGAUCCAUUUGAAGACAGGCCAAUACCUGAGUGGGUAGCAUGGGGGGAGGGGUCGGGUUUUCAAGUUGGUGGAUCUAGUGUUAAUCCAUUUGAUGACCAAAGCAACAUCACUGACAAUCUUGUGAAUUCAGUAGCGCCUAGCCCCGCCCCCACUAGUCCCACUUCAAGUGGAGACCCUGUAACAAAUGGGGAAAUCAUUUCUACAGAUUCCUCUGAUGCUUCUGCUAAAUCUGAUUCGAGUCAGAAAAGUGUUGCCGUGCCUUCUUUGUUCGAAGAGGAUGUGGAAUUUGUGGGUGUGGAAUUAGAGGGUACAGAGAAGGCAAUGGAACAGGCUCUCAAGGAAGGAAUAGUUGGGGAAGCUGGGCCACUGAAAAGGAAUAUCACUCCAAAGAAACCAGAAAAGGAGGAUUCAGAUGACGGUGGUGCUGGGAUGAAGGAAUUCAAUGACGCCAACUACUGGAGAGUCGAUCAGGAGGUUGCAGUGUUGGAGUAACUACUUAAUCACUUAAUCCCAAUGUCGAACCUGUAGCCACAAUCUUUGGGUCCCAUUCCGUGUUGCAGGGGACAUAUGUACAGUAUAUUUUUGUUUCAAUUGGGCUCAUAUUGAUAGGCUACGUAGUUGUUGUCGCCGGUUAUUUAUUUUCACACUUGGUUGCUAGGGUCGUCUCAGUUUUGUUUAAUGGUUCAGGGGAUUCUUCCCUCCAACAUAGUAUUCUUGUUUAUUUCUUUCUUACUCAGCCAAAGAAAACACUAUUCAUCCUCGUGUAACAUGUGUAACAUGAAAUGUGAACUUAGAAUUUUUCGUCAAGUGAUGAUGUGUUCAUGCCUCGUGCAUGAGCACCAUCGUAGUUUGUACUCAUUGCCAGAUUAAUUUACCCUUGUUUUUAAUUUCAUUGUUA